UGUUCGGCGUAUGCGCUAAAUAGAACGAGCUAAAACAUGAACAGAGUUGUGCCGGCUGGUGAAGAGAAGGGUGGAGUUUUCGAAACUGUUAAACAAUACCGUAAGCUGGCUGGCACUCUUACUCUAACAGCGGCCUUGAUAACGACAGCUGCGGCAACUGGGGUUGUGGCUGGUUCGUUACAAGCGACUACAGGUGAUGUAAACAUUACUACUGUUUUUCCGUCUGUGAAUAUCAGUGGCCAAUCCUCCAUUGAUAAACUACUUACACGGUUGAAACUAACCACAUCAACAUACAGUGUUACAAGUGAUGCCACCACACGUGCAGAUCAUUCCACUGCUGUUGCACACCAAAUGCAACCGACGACCUUACCACAGAACCCUUGCUUCAUAAGUGAAAACACUGCACGGCCGGAAAUGAUUGGAGUUGCAGAAGAUAUUUUGUUUGGCAAUUUGAAUGUAGUAGCCGAUGUCGAUGCGUGUUGUCAAUCCUGUGUUAAUUACCCUGGAUGUGUUGGUUGGACCUUCCAUAAAGCCGACAAUCAGAUUGGAGAGUGUUGGUUAAAAGAUGACAUCCCACCUGCAGUAGACGCCGGUUGUUGUGAUUCUGGAUACGUUAUCAUAUAAAUAUGAAACACACACAAACAUAUUGAGUGACAAUGCAACUGACGAAUUGGCAAACCGACAAACACCCAUGAUAUAAAAAGUGUGUGAAUAUUUCAAACAAAUUGAAUUGAUUUUUAGCACUAUUCUUUUA